CUCGGAACGACCUGAUCCUCCAAUUUUUCUCUAUCAGCGCAUGGACGCAAUAGCAACCGCGAGCAAUGAUGAGCCCGGCGAGUCCUGCGUCAUCUGCCUUUCCACUAUUACGGAGAGGGCUACCACGGUGCCAUGCAGCCAUUCCACCUUCGACUUUAUAUGCCUGGUGAGCUGGUUACAGCAGCGAUCCACCUGCCCGUUGUGUAAAACAGAAGUGAAGGCGGUGCACUACGACUGGCAAUCACCCACCGACUUCAAAAGCUACGCCGUUCCCCGGACCCAUCCACGCCGCAAUGCCUCCUCCGCUCGAUCCUCGUUACCAUACCCUCGUUACAGCGUUGCACGAAGACCUCGAACAAGUCGUCGUCCGUACGAGCAGCCUCAGCCCGACACAGCCGUCCUCCGACGCCGCCAUGUCUACCGCCACAAGCUGUACUCGUUGCACGUUGGCAGCAACGCAUUCUCGGGCUACUGGGACAUAGCACCCGAGAUGGUGGCGAGUUCCCCGGAGCUUCAAUCACGGGCAAGAAUGUGGAUACGCAGAGAGCUGCGCGUCUUCACUUUCCUGCACACGGAUCCGGAAGGUGGCCCAUCUGAUGGCGUCACGACGAGCAGCAAUGCCGAGUUUCUGCUCUCCUACAUCGUCGCGAUUCUGAAAAAGGUGGAUCUGAAGGCGAGCAAUGGGCAUGCUGAAGAGUUGCUGAAGGAUUUCCUGGGGAGGGAAAAUGCUCGGCUGUUCCUGCAUGAGUUGAAUGCUUUUCUGAGGAGCCCUUACGGGAAGCUUGAAGAGUGGGACAGGAAUGUGCAAUAUGAAGAGGAGCUUCCAGACACGUUCGACGAAUGAGGGCUACCGAGGACGGAAGAGAAGGCGCAAAGGCGUCACGCUCCCCCACAGCGCCCCGGCACUGGUGUACAGGAUCAAAUAACCUGAAGUGACAUCGCCAUGUCGUCAACCAAUUUGGCUCAGGAUUUCUUCAGGAAAGGCACUCAAAUACGCUAUUUUAUCACCAAGGACAUCGCUUGGAAUGACUCGACGCCAGAUGAGGCCAAGACAUAGGGACGCGAAAGAAGAGUAUCAACGCACGUACCCGGAUUACAAGUACAGCCCUUGCAAGGA